CUCACCAUAAGUUGACGCGACGCUAGACCGCGCGAACGCGUCUAAAAAAAUAAACGAUUCGAAAUUCAAAUCGUUGCCUUCGAUUUGCAUUUUUUUAUCUGUGAUUUGACGUGCAAUUGUUUUGAAAAUGGAAGGCUUCGGUACGAACUGUAUAAAAUACCUGCUGGUGGUUUUCAAUGCUCUCUUUCUGAUCUUCGGCAUAGUCAUAAUAUCAGCAGCAUGCGUGGACAUGGGUAUGAUCAAGGGUUUCGCGGGCAUGGAGGCGAGCGGCCAUGAGACCGACGUGGUGCUCAUCGUGAUCGGCGUAUUCAUCAUCAUCGUCGCCGGCUUCGGCUGCUUCGGCGCGUGGAAGGAGAGCCCUAAGCUGCUGUAUAUUUUCGCUGGCUGCCUGAUCAUCAUAAUCCUGUUGGAGCUGUCCGUGGGUAUCGCAGCUGCUGCCCUUCGACCCCAGAUCGAGGGUACCCUGAAGACCCAGCUACGAGCCUCCUUCAUCAAGAACAAGUCCACCAAGGAAGAGGACUCCACCUACCGCGAGUUCUGGGAUCGUAUCCAGAGUAAUCUGGAGUGCUGCGGUGUUACCGGUCCUGACAACUACGUGGCUUCGGAACCCCGUCUCAACCCGUCUUUCAGUUGCUGCCCGUCCGACGGCACCGACCGAGCUGAUGAAAUCAAGCGCUCCGACUGCAUCUCCCUGUCCAAGUACUAUCAGGAGGGCUGCGAGGAUAAAGUCCUAAGCACCGUGCACAGCGCAGGGUUGACUGUCAUCGUGUGCGGGAUACUGUUCUGCUUCUUAGAGGUGGCAGGCAUCGUGUUAGCGCUAUGGCUGGCCCACUCAAUAAAGACGCACGGCAAGACUCGGGAGACCGCUUAAUACUUUCACAUCUUCUUCACACUCCCAGCUCUGGAUUUAUGUAUAGGCAGUAUAGGCCAUGGCCUAUGGGC